GGGCUGGGCGAUUCGCAGGGAAAGUUCAAUUUUCUGCGACGUUUCCUCCCCUGACAGGCUGAUAGAAUUGGCCCACCCUGGUCCCCAGAGCGAUGCCCUGCUGGCAGUAUUGGGCUUUUGUCGGGAGGGGGGUUAUGGGAGCCUUUUCUCUGUAUUGGUGGAUUGCCUUUUAGACUUCUUCCUCCAUGAGCAGUUUGUUUCUCCAGGCUUCUGAGGUCCCUGUGCUGUUUCUGAAAGCACAAACUUGCUGAAUCUGAAGAGAGAUGUCCAUGUUUACCCUCCUGUGAUCUUAGAAUGCUCAUAUCCCACUGAAGCAUAAAAAAUCAUUAACAGACCACUAGAAUGGAGCGAUGGUAGGGAUCUGAGGACUGGGGUCCUGGUUGACUGUACCCACUUGAGCCCCUCAGAUGUUUAUCAUCUUUUACCCUUUCCUUCACCAUGGUUGCAGUGACUAUAUUUGUUGCGAUGUGCAUAAAAUCAAGAUAUUAACUUCUGCAUGAUGCAAAGAAACUCGAGAGUACUUUAGAGAAAGUUUGAUUGUUUUCCAUUCUGAAAUAGUCUUUCAGAGCCAACGCAAGAGCCUUGUUCACCUGUCAUCAACCUGUCAGCACAUAACCUUUCUCAGCUCUCUUUGUGGCCUCAAUGCUCCCAGAGGUCAGGGAGGAAGAAAUAUUCUGGUUGCCAAGAGCGAAGAGCGAUGGGGAAACACAACAGCAAGCUCGCCCCCGAGGUCCUGGACGACCUGACCAAGAGCACGGAGUUCAACGAAGCCGAGCUGAAGCAGUGGUACAAGGGCUUCCUGAAGGACUGCCCCACGGGCAUCCUCAACCUGGAGGAGUUCCAGCAGCUGUACGUCAAGUUCUUCCCGUACGGCGACGCCUCCAAGUUUGCUCAGCACGCCUUCCGGACGUUCGACAAGAACGGGGACGGCACCAUCGACUUCCGGGAGUUCAUCUGCGCCCUGUCCAUCACCUCCCGCGGGAGCUUCGAGCAGAAGCUCAACUGGGCCUUCAACAUGUACGACCUGGACGGUGACGGGAAGAUCACGCGCAUGGAGAUGCUGGAGAUCAUCGAGGCAAUCUACAAGAUGGUGGGCACGGUGAUUAUGAUGCGAAUGAAUGAGGAUGGCCUGACCCCUCAGCAGCGUGUGGACAAGAUCUUCAGCAAGAUGGACAAAGACCACAACGACGAGAUCACACUGGAGGAGUUCAAGGAAGCAGCCAAGAGCGAUCCCUCCAUCGUCCUGCUACUCCAGUGCGACAUGCAGAAGUAGGGGUGCGAGGAACGGGUGGGGUGGGGGGUGGAGGUGAGGGAGAGGAAACUCCCUAGGAAGGAGAAAUGGAGGGAGGGAAAAGAGAUGGGAGAGAUGGAGAUAGAAAUAGAGGGAGGAGAGUGGACAACAGGAAAGGGGAAAUAUAGAGGGAAAGAGAGAGAGAAGGGGAGAGGAAGAUGUGUGUGUGUUGGGGGGUGGGGGGUGGGUGGAGGUGUAUUGGGGGUUGGAGGGGUCUUUUAACAUGGUACCUUUAAUCUAGCUGUCAGGUUGUGAAUAGAGCUAAAUCUGCAGGGUUUUAACUGUCUGGGCUAGACACCAAGUCUGACCACAUUAUAAAACCUAUUUUGAGCUUAUGAAUUAUUUAAAGAGGGCAUCAUUUUCCCAGGACACACGGCUCCUGUCAAAUGCGCUUACAUUUGAAUUAUCAGGUCCCCUUUUGUAUACAGUAUUUAGACAUUUGUGUAAAUGAAUCUGCUUCAAAUUCAUACGCCACAAUCUUUUGCUGCCAUAUCCAAUUGCAGUCAACAUUAAGGUGACAGUUGUCCUCAAAAUUCAUCAAGAAUAGUUUCAAAGACAAGAAAAAUGAAAUAGAAUUAAUGAAAAUGUGAGCAUUUUAUUCAGUAUAAAAAAUCUGAUUGGCUGCUGUAAAAUUUGUCCUUUUUUCUGAUGAGCAAUUCUUCUUUUUCUCUUGCUAUUUGUUUUCUUUGCUUACUGGUCCAAGCCCCUGACAAAUGUCAGACCAGCCUCUCGCUUCAGCAAUCUGACAGCUAGUGGAAAAACAUCAGUGCUAACUUUUCCUGAACAAAAAUCAAUUUGCGAGAGGAAUAGAUAAAAAUAACCGUGAAUGAUUUUUGUGAUCUCGGAAUUUCCGAAUGGUGUCCCACUGUGAAUGCUAAUAUUCUCAAUCCAAGCGCGCACACACACACACGCGUGCGCACACACGCACAUGCGCAAACACACUCUCUCUCUCUUACAUACACACUAUGAAAUACUUUGUUAUCAUGCAAUAAGAGCAGGAAAACAAAUUGCAAUACAAAUGGAAAAAUAAUAAUCCUGUAGUUGGCUGAAGUUCAAAAGAUAAAUAUGAAAGAAGCUUUAGAUACCGCAAGGCAUGUAGGCUAUACUGCAAGCAUAAUAGUGAAGGAUGUAUGCAAAAAGCAGUUUAAAAACAGAACCAGAUUCCCCCAUUAAAAGCGGGAACUGCAUUUACAAAUGAAGAGGUUGCCCUUUGUCAGAAUAUUCCUUCACUUGUCGGAGAAAACAAAACAGCAGUUACACUUUACUAAAGUAAAAAUGUACAUGGUAAUAACAGUAAAUAUGAAUAUAUGUAAAUGUUACACGUAAUUCACAUUGUUUUCAUAGAGCUGCAGAGCUGUAAUAGUCUGCGUAUGGACAUGUAUAAAUACACAGCCGUGAGCUGCGUGCGUGUGUGUGCUCGUGCACUGUCAGGUGAACUGAAAUGUCAUUAAGGGUCUUGUUAUAAUUGCUUGAGAUUCAAGUGUACAAAUCACAUACUGCUAUACAAAGUGCUGAAGAACAACAACUCUCGUAGCUUUUGCGGUCUCCCGUGCGGUGCGAUGUGUAUAUCAAACCGUUUCCAUUACGGGUUGUGUCGUCGCGUUGGUUUUCGAUGUCGUUUUACUUCUCAUUUUUCCAGUCAAAGAUGUCCUGUUGGCAUUCUUCUCCUGAGGCUUUUAGUAUUUAUGAUUGCAAUGGAUUUCAACAUCACGCUGCAUCUUUUUACUCAGUCGGUUGUCAACUGAAUACUUUUAAGGAAUAGCUUUGAUGUCUAAGCUAAUUAAACACAUUUUCUUUUUUUCUGAAAUGUAAAUGGGGCAUUUUAGGUUCGAUUAGGAAUUUAACGCCUUAUAGCUCACCUGCACAGAGAUCAAGAGUAAAUUCAGUUCUGUAUCGCUUCACUACUGAUUGAGCUUGAUGUUGUACUACCACCUAGUGGCAGAAAGCAGUAACUGGCUUUGUUCUACCUCCCAUGCCAGCUGUCAUCUGUUUCCAUUGAAAUGGAGGGCAAACCAGACUAGCUCCAGAACGGAGCAAAGAAUAUAUUUAUAGGAAAUCCCUACCUACCCACUCUCUUUUUUUGAGAAAAUGCUUUUAAGAUGGUUUCUUGAUCAUUUGAAGCAAGUAACACUUGAAAUUAUCUAGCAAGACAUUGCACAACAAAGAGAGCAGUGUUUGUGCUAGUGUUUACUUUCAGGAACUGUGCUGAUCUCAGUGAUUUAUGUUGACAGACACACUCAUACAGUACUCUGUGGUGCACACCACAGAUAUCUACAUGAUUUAUACAGCUAUGUACUUGGUUGAUGUUUAGUGAUUGCUAACCAGCAUGCUAAUAAUAAUAAUAAUAAUCAGAACCAUCAGCAUCAUCAUUUGUAGAGAACUUUCAAUUCAAAGAAGCAAGUACCCUCAAGUGCUUUACAGUGGAAUAACAAAGAACACAAACAUUUACAUCAGAAAUAUAUAAUUCUUAAAAAUACACCCAAAAUCACAUGUUGCUAAUAAUAUAUAAGAACAGAUUGCAUUAUUAAGUCUCUGUAUAUAUGAAACACUUCCAGAGAUAGCCAAAGGGAAGGUAUUUUCACGGGCAAUGUGUCUGUAGAGGCAACAACUACUUUGACUUGGUCUGUACAAAUCUCAGUUCAAGACACAAUGCUGACACGGGUCAAAUGGUCAAAGUAAUUCAAACAUUAUAUUUACAUUAUUUGUUUGCUUAAACUGAACAAUUACUAUUGACAUUCAGAUUAAGUACCUUACUCAAGGGUCUAACUGCUGUGUCUCACCUGGGGUUUGAACAUGCAGCCACCCCCAGCCCUUGCAUGGCCCUGUUGAAAGUAAGGGGAUGGGUACUCAGAAAACUACUACUGCUGCUGAAUUCACAUUAGAACUGCAGUGUUGCUAGAAAUAUAGUGCUUGUGUGAAUCAUUAUCACGGCAUCAAAAACUAACACAAUUUCAUGUGAAGCUGGGAGGAAAAACAGAAAAUCUAUCUAUCUAUCUAUCUAUCUAUCUAUCUAUCUAUCUUAUAUUACUAUCUAUCGUAUAUUACAUAUACUUGUAUUAUAUACAGUACAGGCCAAAAUGAUUAGGCCACAUGUGGUAAAAAAAACAAAAAACACUUUAGGUAUGGAAUAAUUCGGUAUGGAUUUUACCUUACAGGCCAGAGAUUUAAAAGAAAACUUAAGAUAGAUAUCUUUGUAUGUUAUUGUGGGUAGAAAUAGAAUAAAAAUAUUUGUACAUUGGUCCGCUAUUCAACAAAUGCACCUAAAUUUACUGAAUUCUUCACUAUCAAAGGUUUAAAAAAAAUAAAUAAACCACAGGUGGCCUAAUACUUUUUGCCUGUACUAUAUACAGUAUAUAUAUAUAUUUAUAUAUUAUUUUUUUACCAUCUCCCAAUUUUUCAUGUACUAUUGUGUACCACCAUAUUCUGUAGCUAUUAGUCAUAUUGAUCGUGUGUGUGUGUGUAUGUGUGUGUUUCUUAGAUAUUAUGUUUCUAAGAACCUAUUAAGAAUGAAAAUAGAAGGGAUUUUCUGCAAAAUUAAAAGAUGAUACUUGAAAGACGACACUUGGCAACUAUUAUGAACAAAACUCUUUUCAUCAAAGAUGCAUGCUGUUCUAAAGCUGUUAGUUGAAAAAGCAGAUCAUUUCUAAAUGUAGGCUACAUGCUGGUAUGACAACAUUAUUGAUAUGCUUCAGGGUUUGAAGUGUGAGGAUUUACUUUCUGAAAAUGGUUUCAUGAUUCCUUUGUGUGAAACGGUCACAAGCAAUACUGUUUCACACAAAGGGAAAUGUGUAGAAUACACUACAUACUAUAAUCUAUUUAAAUAUUAAUAUAACAGAUAUAAACUGAGCAUCAAGUUGUCCAAACAUAGAUGUUUGGCUUAGGCAACCUUUUUUUUCAAUCAAUUUUAUCACUUAAAUGUAAAAAUACAGCAGGAUCUCAAACUGUCAAUAAACACUUUCCCUUGUGUGCAGGUCCCACUUUUUCAACUGAAAAAUAGACCCAUCUCCCUCAUUUCUUUCACCCUGUGGUGGACAAACAAGGCUGCAAAUGUCUUAGAAAAUCAAUAGAAGAAGAUUCGACCUUGGUCUACACCUCUGGGACCAACAGGUCUCCCCUUAGUAAAUUCAGUCUAAUGCAUUUUCUGUGUGUUUUCCGUGGCCCCCACACAUUACAGAGGGUAGGUGUGUCCGCUUCUAGCCUGUAUCCGCUGACAGAAUAACUGGGCCAGGGUUUGGAAGAGCUGGGUAUAGACAAAAUGGUGGCUACAGCAUUCUUGGUCGUUGGUACCAUGAGUCCGGCUUAGCAUAAAUUGAACAAUUUAUAAUGAAGAUCAAUGUGCCAAAGACGUUAUGUUAUGGAGGGUUUAAAUUGCCACAAUAAACUUCUCCCAACAGAAAGGAAAUGUUUAUUAGAUAUGAUAAAACAGGAAAUCCCAAAUAAGAAACAUCGAUAUACUGUAUGUUAAAAUAUUCAGUAUAUAAUACUAAACCUAUUAUACAGUAUAAGCAAUCACAUGCAUAUAUGACAGGAUAUAUGUUAUGCUGUAUAUUUUACAGUAUAUCCUAUAAUAUGUGCAUAAUAUCACAUAUGAAAAUGGGGAUUAAUACAUGUACUUUACAUAAGUACAACAUAUGCUGUAUAUUUUAACAUUCAUAGCAUAUUCAAUACAUUUUAUUUAAUUAUUGUAAUAUAUAUUACAGAACCUUUUCAAGAGUGUACUAUUGGUGGCAAAGGGAACUGUCUACCCCCUGAAAAAUCAAUAUAUAUAAUUCUAUAUAUGAAUUCUAUAUAUAAUUAUUAAUCACUAAUAAUUAAAGUAAAAGGAGAGAAAACAUUUGUGCUCAAAGUUUGUGCAAUAUGAUCCUGUUUUGCAUUGUUUAUGUGCUGUGAAUGUCUAUUUUUAUGACUUACAAGGAUAACUACUUAUAGUUCAUUCGUUCAAUAUUGUACGGCUCUUAGAACAAAGAGAUGUGUAAUUAUUUUUAAUACAUAGAGAAUAAAACACAUGGAUGUCCAUCAAA